AUGCCUCGCGCCGUUGGAGGAGUCUUGGUGGAGUGCGAUCCCUCGAUCAAAGCCAUCAUCAGCCGCAUCAACGAGCAGCACAACCACGACAUCAUCAUCGAAGACAUCGACGACGAGCAUGUCCUCAUCAAGAAGGAUAAGCACGAGGAGCUGAAAGCACUCCUUAAAGACGCUCUACGAGAUACCGUCAAGGAAGCUGAAGAGACAUCAGAGUCCGAAUGA